CCAGCAGCUUCCAUCUCCUUCUGAGUAGAGUGUUCAAACUUCAAACUGUUCUGCGAGGCUCACGCUCUCCACGCUCCGCUCCGCUCCAAAAAAGAAAAGAAAUAAAUAAAUUAGGUAAAUAAUUUCUAUCUACGUUUCUUCGUCCUGAUCCUGCCACCCAAGAAAAGGGCAAAAAUAAACUCACACAGAGUGAGAGUGUGUAGUGAAAAAAAGCCCUGAAAAUCGGGGCAUGGCGUCUUCGAAGGUAGUAACAACGAAUCCUGAUCCGCCACGGCAGUCAUCCAUUUGUUCUCUCUCUAGCAUCCUCGCCGAUCUCCAGCAGCCACAGCAAAUAAGCCCGUCACCAUCCAAGACCCUCGUCGCCUCACUUAGCAUGGACGACCUCUUGAAGAACCUCUACUCCUCAGACCAGGCUCAAAACCAGCUCUCACUCCCGGAGCAACAUUUCGCCGACGGCUCGUCGUCGAUCUCGCAGGCGAAGGAGCUAGGCGAGAAGACGGUGGACGAGGUCUGGAAGGAGAUCGUGGCCGGGUCGGAGAUUCAGAGGGAAGGCGGGGGUGAGCUGGAGGAGAUGACUCUGGAGGACUUCCUGACCAAGGCUGGAGCGGUGAGGGAGGAGGAUGUCAGAGGCGGAGGGGUGCUUGCCGUGGCGGCGGGGCCAGGGGACUACGCCGUGGAGCCCUCGGGGGAGGUGGGGUUCGAAGGGAGAGUGGGGGCUGCACGAGGGAGGGGAAAGAGAAGGGCCGUAGAGGAGGCGGUGGUGGACAAGGCCACGCAGCAGAGGCAGAGACGGAUGAUCAAGAACCGAGAGUCUGCCGCCAGGUCCAGGGAACGCAAGCAGGCUUACACAGUUGAGCUAGAAUCUCUGGUGACCCAGCUUGAGGAGGAGAAUGCACGGCUGUUAAGGGAAGAGGCUGACCAGAACAAGGAGAGAUUGAAGCAG